AUGAUUGAUGCCACCACUGGUUAUAAGUCGAUGUCAUUCAUGGACAGUUCUUCUGGCUGUAAUCAAAUCCGCAUGACACCAAUGGAUGAAGAACUCACCUUAUUUCACACGCCUAAAGGUAUUUAUUGCUACAAAAUGAUGUCUUUCGGUUUGAAGAAUGCUGGUGCUACAUAUCAAAGGGCUAUGCAAAAUAUAUUUGAUGAUUUGCUCUAUAAAAAUGUUGAAUGUUAUGUGGAUGACCUUGUGUCGGUGAUCAACCAACUCUUGGGAAAUUAUGAGGUGAAGAAGCUCGAAUUGCGUUCUUAUCAUGAUUAUGCUCAAAAGUUGAUAGGAUGGCUUGGAGAUGUAACCCUUCAACAUGUGCGUAGAACGAAGAAUAAGAAAAUUGAUGCAUUGGCUGCUCUAGCUUCAACGCUAACCCUUCUUGAUCAAACACAAUCGCCCGAAGUAUUGCACCCAACUAUUGCAUCUUGGCCAUUUGACACUUGGGGAUUGGAUGUUGUGGGACCACUACCAAAAUCUUCUGGUGGACACUUGUACAUCUUGGCUGCAACAUAUUACUUCUCAAAAUGCUCUGAAGUUGUCGCUCUUAAAGAAGUGAAGAAAGAGAAUGUUGCAAAUUUUAUCCGAGUGAAUAUCAUUUAUCGCUUUGGCAUCCCUCGCUACAUAAUAACAAAUAAUGGUAAGCCAUUUGAUAACAAGUUAAUGAACAAAAUUUGUGAUCUCUUUGGUUUUAAGCAGCGUAAAUUUUCUAUGUAUCAUGCUGCCGCCAAUGGUCUCGCUGAAGCAUUCAAUAAGACUCUAUGCAACCUUCUGAAGAAAGUUGUCUCCAAGUCCAAACGGGAUUGGCAUGAAAGAAUGGAAGAAGCUUUAUGGGCAUUUAGGACGACGUGCCGCACUCCAACUCAAGCAACACCAUAUUCACUCACUUUUGGUAUUGAGGCAGUCCUACCACUCGAGCGUCAAAUACCUUCCUUAAGACUUGUUAUUCAAGAAGGGAUCACUGAAGAAGAAAAUGCUUAA